CCAAUAGCGGGUGGUCUCCCGGCAGCGGCGGCAUUUGCUGAGAGCUUCCGGGGCAGGCGACGGCCCCCCGCUCAUGCGGGCUCAGGCUGCGGUAGGACACUCAUUCCUGCCACUCUCCUUGUCCUGCUUGUGUCCGUGGCACUGGCACCGAUGGUAGCGUCUCUGGGGCUGAUACCAAUCUGAGGAUCAGGAACCACCAGCCCUGUGCUAGGGACCUCCUGUGUUUGGUGUUCCCUAGCCUUGGUCCGUGAGGACCCUGGGGCCAGCCUGUGCAGUUUGACACCUGGAGUAGGGGCAAAGAGCACAGGCCUGCGGCCUGGCUUUGCUGGGUCGUGGUGUGUCGUGUUGUGAGGUCCCUGCGUUGGCCUGGUGCUGGGCACUGGAACCUUUCCCUAGGGAUCCUCCACGGGUCCAGCCACCGCCUGCUGCGAUGCGUCGGGACAAACCUCAGGAACGGGCUGCCAGCUGGCCAGCUGAUCACAUCAAAGUGCUAAUUGCCUUGUGGGCGGAGGCGGCCACCUCACAUGACCUGAGCUCCCGUGGCAGGAACAGGGUUGUCUAUGAUGGCAUCUCCCAGCGCCUGGCUGAGCUGGGCAUCUAUCGCACCGGGGACCAGUGCCGGGAGAAGAUGAAAGGCCUCAAGGUGACAUAUCGCAAGGCCAAAGAGAACAAUGCAGCUGGGAGGCCGCCCAUGCGCUGCCCAUUCUACGAGGAGAUGGACCAGAUCAUGCAGCGCUGCGACAGUACCCGCUCCAGCCUCCUGGCAGAGAGUGGCGAGGGGCCUGGCGCCCCAGACAGGCAGGAGGGCACAGCUGCCCCGGAGAGCUGGGGAGCACCAUCCUUUGAGCCAUGGGAUUCCCAAGCCACUGCUGCCUUUGAGCACUGGGAGUCCCAGGCCUCGGCCUCUGACCAUUGGGGGUCCCAAGCUGCAGCCUCAGAGAGCCAGGGGGCUGACGAACUGGGCUACGUGCUCCCUGAGGCGCAAGCCCUGCUGGGCGAGGUGCAGGCCGUGCAGGUGAAGGAGGAAGAGGCGUCCGCGGAUGAACUGCUGCCUGAGCCUGACCCAUCGGCAUCGGUGGAGCCCCAACUGGCCUCCCGGAAGCUGGUCUCGGCGCUGGACCGGCUCGUGCACCUCCGGGCCAGAAAGCGCAAAGCGCGGGAGGAUGGGCCACUGGAGACUGCACGGGGCCCCACCCAGAAGCAUGGGCGCAGCCAGCUGGAGUUGAAGCGGGCAAGGCGUGCUGGCGCCUGGAGGGCAGAGGAGAGGCAGAGCCUGGCCGAGUUCAUCCAGCAUGACCGGGAGAUGCGGCAGGAGGACCGGGAGUUCCAGGCCCAGCUCCUGGAGAAGCUCUUCCAGAAGCAGCUGGAGAUGGUGGGGGCCCUGGCCCAGCCCGCACCCCCACUGCAGGAGCCAGAGCCAGUGGCACGGGAGGGAGCUGGGCUCCAGUUCCACACUCUGCUGGAGCAGGCAGUGCAAGUGCAGGCCAAGGGGCAGGAUGCUGAGACAGCCGGCCCCGCCCCUGCAGGAGCCUUGGAGCGAGCAGGGAAAGCACCCCCAGCCGUGCAGUACUGGACGGCAGAUGAGAUCCUGCGCUGGCUGGUGCCGCAGCAACCGCUGAAUGGGCAGCAGACUUGGGGCGAGCGGUGUCGGGAGGGGCUGCUGGGCCCCCUGGCCUCACGGGGAGAUGGAGAAGGGGGUGAGAAUGAGACUGAUCUCACCUCCUCCAGACGAGUGACUGACACCUGCCAGGGGCCCAAAGGCCUGCGGGGAGCCCGACUCCUCUCUCCCCUCGGCGGGGAAGCCCAACAGACCCACGCCAGCCUGGAUGCCAGUGAGGCCGGUGACGGUGCCAAGGUGAAGGGAGCUGUCCUGCGCCGCCACGACACAGAGACGCAGCGCCAGCGCUUCAGGGGCUUCCGCUACCAGGACGCCGAAGGGCCGCGGGAGGUUUACGGCCGCCUGUGGGAACUUUCCCAUCGCUGGCUGCAGCCAGAGACCCGCACCAAGGAGCAGGUGCUGGAGCUGCUGGUUCUCGAGCAGUUCUUGAGCCUCCUGCCUGAGGAAAUGCAGAGCUGGGUGCGGGAGCGUGGCCCAGAGAGCGGCCAGGAGGCCGUGGCCCUGGCAGAGGAUUUCCAGCUUGUUCCCCAGAAGCCCGGAUGGCAGCCCCAGGCGCGGGUGCCAGCCCAGGAAGGGGCCAGGGAUGUCGGUGCAGCGCAGCGGGCCCUGCCGGCCGAGCGGCAGAGGGCGCCCCAGAGGGCCAGCGGGCAGGAGAACGGCUGGAACGGUGGUUUGUUGGCUGCCACGCCGUGUGCCCCGCUGGUGCGGAGACCAAGCCUGGGGGCAAUUGAGCCAGCUGCUCCCCAGCCCCUGCGCAACAGAGCGGGCUCCAGGCAGGGACAGCAAGUGGAGAAUGGCUUAGAGCCGCUGCAGAGCGCUGGGCACCUGCAGCAAGCAGAGAAGAACACUGCCCCAGUGCCACGCCCAGCAGCUGGGAAGGCGACUGAGCUAUGCGUUGCUGGCCCAGGAGGGCAUGUGGGGACGGACGGCGUGCUACAGGGCAGAGCCACCAUUCAAGGGGGCAGCAGCAUCUCAGAGGCUCAGAAUGGGGCUCCAUGUGAGCAGCAGAUACCUGCUAGCCUCGUGCGGAUGGAGCGCACCGGCUCCAAGGGCGGCAGGGCCUGCGGCGCCUUGCCCAGGAGCGCCGGCUGUGCAUCCCCGGAGCUGGAUGGCCCCGUGCUCGGGACCCUCCUGGAGACGUCCUUGGACUCCCCAUGGGACAGAGAGGGCAGCACAGACAGGGCACCGGAGGGCGGUACAGCAUGUCUGGGGACACAGCCCCGCUGCCUGAGCUGCACGGUACUGCGGGCUGAUCUGGACGCCACGCGGGAGGAGCUGAGAAUCACCCAAGCUCUCCUGAAGCCCAAGUGCCUGAUGAGCAGCUGGCCGUGGCCCACCACCAAGGAGCCCACACGUUCAGCAGCAGCGUCGGCAGCCCCAGGGAGAAGAGCAGAGAAGCAGGAGCCUGUGUUCACGGGGAGGCUGGGAAAUCCCUCCAGGAGCAUGGUGGACGUUUUGGAGGCUGCAUUAGCUGGGAGUCUGGGAAAUCCCUCCAUCAACACGGUGGGGGGUUCCAGAUGAUGCGUUAGCCAGGAGGCUGGGAAAUCCCUCCCCCAGCAUAGCGGGCGUUUUGGAGGCCGCACUGGGGGGAGGCUGGGAAAUUGCUGCAGUGGCACAGCAGGUGGUUCAGACACUGUGCUAGUGGUGAAGCUGGGAAAUUCCCCCCCGCCCCCCCCAGUGGUUCAGUGGACGUUGGCUUAGUGGGGAGGCUGGGGAAUCCCUCCAGCGGCAUGGUGGGUGUUUUGGGAUGUUGUUUUAGGUGGAAGGCUGGGAAAUCCCCGCCAGCGCCAUGGAGGGCGUUUGUUAUUCAAUUUGAGGGAGGUUGUAAAAGUGGGAUCUAUUCAGCAGUGCAGUGAGUGGGAACAAAACCAUGAAGCCUCAUUGAGAAUGGACUUUGAAGGGUGUUUGCAAACCAAGGCCCCUGCAGUGACGAGCAUGGACCCCAGCACAUGGCCAGAGCCCCCAGAACACCCCACUAGAACCUCAGCCAGUCAAGUACCCUGCCUAUUAAAAGUGACUGGUCUGUGGUGGCAUGGGAGAAUGCACCACAUUUAUUCUCCCUGUGCCAGAGGAGCAUCACCCAUGUGUGGGGCAGAUAGGGGGAAGGGACCCCUCAGACUCCCCCAGAGGAACAUCAGAGAGCCCCUUUGGUUACAGCUCUCUCCAGCCCAGGUCACUUCUCCCUUGUGGCUGCAGAAGAGAUGCAAGUGGCUCAGAGCUGAGAGGACACACCCACCUGGCUCUCAGGCUGUGCUGGGGUUAGUGCCACACUUUGGCUGCCUCAGAGACGGGCCAGCAGCUGUCCAGCCGACACUUUCCUUCCUUUGGCCUUUGCCUGGGUUAGGGUGUGCUGGAGGGAGCGUGCUGGCCCAGGGCUCUGCCUCCUGCUUGCCUGGCACUGGGACAUUGGCUCUAGGUGCAUGGGGCAGAGUUUAGGACCAGUCAUUACUGUGCCAGCCUGGCCCAGUGAAGGCUUGCAGAGAGAUGCUCUUGCAGGCCUGUAGCACCCCUCUGGCCCACCCGGGCUUCACAGCCAGAGAAUGCCUGGCUGGACUGGCCCCAUGGCAAACACACUUCUUUGGGUUCAGCCAGAGGGAAACACCCUAGUACUGUGCUAACUGGUGGCUGUUAACCCCCCCACAGGAGUAGAGGAGUUGGAGACGUGACUGGUGAGGGGGAGUUUCUCCAAACCAGCGGCAGGGUAACGUCUGACUCUGACCCCAGGUGGGGUGGAACUGGGCAGGGCAGGAGGGCCCAGUGGAGCCCAGCCAAGUGGGGCAGUAGACCUUGGUAUAGUGCAGAAGGGCCUUGCCAGGCGUGGUGGGGCUGGUCCACAUAAGUGCGGGGAGGGAACUAUUUCUCCACCCUCAGAUAAUACUUUGCUUCCCCCAACCCUCCACCGCUGCUUUGCUCCCAGAACAGCUGCGGGGGGUGACUGCAACACACGGCGAUGGGCACGGAGCCGUGGAGGUGCUCAGCGGGGGUGCCCCCCGCAGGAAUUCCCUAGAGCUCCGAGCAGGCAUAUGAAGUCUGCAUGGCUUCACUGCUCUGGGACACUGCCCCCCAGCACAGACAAGCCCCUCCAUGCCCCCCUGCCAUCCCCGGAAGGCACCAAUGUGCCCCUGCAGCCUCUGGGGGGAAAGGGGGCUGGACAGCAUGUGACUCUGUGCACUGCCCCUCUGCAAGCACCACCCUCUCAGCUCCCAUUGCCCACAGCUCCCUGUUCACAGCCAAUGGCAGCUGUGGGGGCAGUGCUUGCAGGCAGGAGCAGUGCAUGGAGGGAAACCCCUGGCCCCAUUCAUGCUUCUCCCAUGGAAGCAGCUUAGCAAAAUCAACAAACCUACCCUGCUAUUUACAUUAGGAGGAUAAUUGAUGCUGAAUAUUGCAACUGACAGAAUGUGAUAUAAACAAAUAUCGCACAGAAAAAAUGUUUUACUGCAGUGUUUUCCACAGAAAUUGAAAUUAGGGGGUGUGUUCAAAAAUACAGGGGGAGGACUGAUGAGGGGUGAGACUGUUUGGGCAAAGAUGGGCUAUAUGGCACCAUAGUAAAAACUGAAAAAUGUUUCACAACCAUUUUAUUAGAUUUAACUCGUUUUUAAAUCAUAACACCAAUUAAAGUUGGCUAUACAAGCCUACUAUGAAGCACUA